AUGUCGAAGCCGCUUAUUCCACAUGCGCUGAUGCACUGCAUCAAGACGGCCCGUGUUAAGGGGCAAAUUACCCAGGUUUCCGGGUCCAGCAGGAGUGAAGCAUCCGUUCCUCCUGUAUACUCCAGUGGCUGCCGGUUCCCUCCAGUCGACACCGAAGUGUUCCGUGGGGAUUACUUGCGGUGGCCGACUUUCCGUGACCUUUUCACGGCCAUCUAUGUCAACAAUCCAAGGUUGACUCCGGUUGAGAAACUUUUCCAUCUGAAUUCGAAGACCGCAGAUGAGGCCAACGAAAUCGUAGCCAAAUUUCCGCUGACAAACGAUGGUUUCGCGUCAGCUUGGGGUGCUCUUUGCGAACGAUUUGAAAACAAGCGCUUGUUAAUCACAAGCCAGUUGAAAAUCCUGUUCAACCUGUCCACGGUUACCCAAGAGUCGGGAGCAGCAAUCAAGGAGCUGCAGAGCACGAUCCAACGUUGCUUGACCGCUCUUGAGCAUUCAGACAUUUCCGUCUGUAGCCCGUUCGCAGAUUGCAUCCUCGUUUUCCUCUGCUCGGCCAAACUCCCCAAGCUCACACUCUCGUUGUGGGAGCAAUCUUUGGUGGACAAAGCAAGAAUCCCCGCAUGGCAGGACAUGAGCACGUUCCUCAAUGAGCGCUAUCGUACGCUCGAAGCGAUUGAGGACGUGAAACAGACGGCCAAUCCACAGAACGCGACUGCAGGACCAUCCCGUCCGCAGAAUUCCAAGCGGGUCAACUCCUUUGAGGCCCGAGUCACUCCGAAAGGCAAAUCGUGUGACUUGUGCUCAAAGGAGAAUCACCCUGUCCGGUCCACUCCAAAUCCAACGGCAACCAAUGUGCAGAAUUUCUUUACCAAUAAUGCUCAGAAUGUCCUUCUCGGCACGGCGGUCAUCAAUGUUUGCCACUUGGGCACUACAUAUACCGCACGUGCGCUAAUUGAUUCCGGGUCCGAAGCGACCUUCAUUUCUGAGCGUUUGUUCCGACGCAUUAAGUUGCCUUUCCAGUCCGUGCGAGCCCAGGUAUCCGGGCUAAAUCACGCAGUUGCGGCCCAAUCGCAGAAGUUAUGUCACUCCAGCAUUGGUUCUCCGACGAAGCCGAGGCUCCAUAUCGAGACUUCGGCAUUCGUAAUUCCACAGUUGGCAGGCAAACUGCCCUCCUUCGAUAUGCCGCGAACUUUCCUAAAGGAUCUACCAGCGAUAGAACUGGCAGAUCCACACUUCUACAAGAGCGCUCAGAUCGAUAUUCUAAUUGGCGCGGAUAUCCUUCCGUCGGUCAUCUUGAGCGGCUCCCGGCCAAACAUUUGUGGCUCACUCCUUGGGCAGGAAACCGUGUUUGGCUGGAUUCUUACCGGCCCCGUCUCCCAGGGUAUGUCGACAACUGUUUCUGCGUUUUCGACAAGAGUCGCCCUCCAAGCAGAAGAACAGCUCGACAGCCUACUUUCCAAAUUUUGGGAGGUGGAGGAUAUUCCAGCGAAGCUGAUCAAGGAGUCAGACUUCGUUUGCGAAGAAAACUUCGUUAAGACUACUUCUCGUAGCAAAUGUGGCAGAUAUCGGGUGACUCUUCCAUUCCGGAAGCCCGAUGGCAUUGAACUUGGUCAUUCCAGAUCUAUAGCGCUUGCUCAAUUUCUCAAGAACGAGAAUCGUUUGUCAAGAAACGAUUCUCUAAAGGAACAGUACAAUGCCGUUCUCCAGGAGUACGUGGACUUGGGUCAUAUGACACCCAUAUCGCCUCAGGCGAUUGUCACGACUCCUAAUUUCUACCUGCCUCACCACGCCGUGUUCAAACCAGAUAGCACCACAACGAAGGUGCGGGUCGUCUUCAACGCAUCUUGUCCAUCCUCAAAUGGCAAGAGUCUGAAUGAUAUCCUUCAUUCAGGGCCCAUUCUCCAAUCGGAUCUCACGUUGCAGAUCCUCAGAUGGCGAUACUAUCGAUAUGUGUUCAAUGCGGACAUAACGAAGAUGUAUCGCCAAAUCCUCAUGGACUCAAAGCACACACCGUUCCAACGAAUUCUGUUCCGCACGUCGGACGGUGAGAUCCGUGACUUUGAAUUGAACACAGUGACAUUCGGUGUCAACUGUGCGCCUUUCCUGGCUCUACGAGUCCUCCAGCAACUUGCUGAUGACAUACGCUUGGAGUAUCCUCUCGCAAGCCGAGUCAUUUCCAACAACAUGUACGUGGACGACGUCCUAGUGGGGACACACACAAGAGAAGAGGCCAUCCGGACCAUUGCGGAAGUGUGUGCAGCCCUGAACAGCGCUGGCUUCCCGCUGAGGAAACUCCAGUACGGCGAAAACUCUGGGCAUCAGGCCUAUCCUGCUCUGGGAAAGAUCCGGAUUCCAAGAUGGGUCCAAUUGCAGACACGAGUGAAGCUCCAGUACCACGGAUUCUGUGAUGCAUCAGAAAGGGCGUACGGAGCAGCGAUCUAUGUCCGUGUGGAGACGGCGAACAAGGUUUCCACACAUCUCCUUACUGCGAAGACAAAGGUGGCUCCUGUCAAGUCUCUCUCAGUGCCACGUCUGGAGCUUUGUGGCGCAGUCCUGUUGGCUGAGCUAUCUGCAGCCCUCCUCCUGAAUCUGCCAGCAGAAAGUUUCCAGACUUUCUUUUGGACCGACUCAACAAUUGUUCUCGCCUGGUUGAACAAGCCACCCUGCCGAUGGACAACCUUUGUGGCCAAUCGUGUGACCAAGAUUGUCCAAGCCAGCGACGCCAAGAACUGGUCGCAUAUGCGAUCCGAGCACAAUCCGGCAGAUCUUGCAAGCCGUGGUGUCCUGCCACAAGAAUUGAUUCGUAAUUCUUUGUGGUGGCAUGGACCAGAGUGGCUUCAUCUCCCGUCGGAUCAAUGGCCAACAUCUCCAAGUCCCAUUCCGGAGACUCUGCUGGAGCAGCGGAUUAAGUGCAACGUCGCUAAGCUACCUCCGACUCCCGACUUCCUGAGCAAGUUCUCUGAGUUUGGCAGGGAGCUGCGCACGUCUGCCUAUGUUCUCCGAUUCAUCGAUAGGAGUCGGAAGUUGGCAGUUCCAAGCUCUACCGUGGUCCAGGCGGAUGAGCUGUCACGGAUCCAAGAGCGGCUAAUCGUCAUGGCUCAACGACACACUUUCCAACAGGAAUACCAAUGUCUGCAGUCCAAGCAGCAGGUUCCUUCCUCAAGUUCAAUCCGAAACUUGAACCCUUUCCUCGAUGGCAAGGGGAUUCUACGGGCCUGUGGGCGUCUGAGGGCGUCCCACUCGCUGCGUUACGAUGAGAGUCAUCCAAUCAUCCUCUCGUAUUCCUCGUCCUUUGCACGACUACUAGUUCGUUUCACCCAUCGUAUAUCCUUACAUGGGGGUAACCAAGUCGUCAUGCGGCUGAUCCGUUCCAGAUUCUGGAUUCCAAAGUUGAAGGUCCUCGUUAAAUCCACCAUCAACUCCUGCAAGGUUUGCGUCAUCUACAGGAAGAGAUUGCAGACCCAAAUGAUGGGGGACUUGCCCAAGGAAAGGGCGUCCUACUCGAGACCUUUCACGCACACUGGAGUCGACUUCGCCGGCCCAUUCGAAAUAAAGAACUCCACUGGCCGAGCCUGCCUCAUCACCAAAGGAUAUGUCUGCGUCUUUGUGUGCUUCAGCACGAAGGCGAUCCACUUGAGGCAACAUCGGAUCUCACGACGGAGAAAUUCCUGGCCGCAUUCUCCCGUUUCAUCGCACGGCGCGGCGACGAGGGAGUGCAUCAUCGCACAACACGCCCACAAGAGCCUAUCCUGGCACUUCAACCCGCCGGGCGCCCCGCAUAUGGGUGGAUUAUGGGAAGCCGGCGUAAAGAGUUUUAAGGCACUCUUUUACAAGGCGACAUCCACCUCGAAAUAUACGUUCGAAGAGUUGUCCACUCUUCUCGCUAAGAUCGAAGCCUGCCUGAAUUCGAUGCCGAUUUCCCCUAUGUCCGAGGAUCCGUCGGAUUUACUAGCGCUCACUCCUGGCCAUUUCCUCAUAGGUGGCCCUCUUAUUUCGGUGUUGGAACCACCAAUUAAUCAACCGGCCACCUCCAUCCUCAACCGAUGGCAGCGACUGAAGGCUCUUCACCAACAAUUUUGUUUCCGUUGGAAAGAUGAGUACCUGAAGGAGCUGCACAAACGGACGAAAUGGCAAUCCCCUACCCGGAACCUUCGGAUCGGUGACAUGGUCGUCAUAAAGGAAGACAACCUCCCCUCUAACGAGUGGCGCCUAGGACGGGUGCUGACGACGUGUCCAGGCACCGACGCCAAGGUCCGAGUGGUAGAUGUGCUCACGGCGCGGGGUACCAUCCGAAGACCCGUUGCCAAACUUAUCCUACUCCCGAUGGACAGCAAGACAGACCCCUCCACGUCAGAAGGACUGAAGGACGAAUAA